AGGAAAUACCUCUCUGUAUUUUUUCCUGUAUCAAUAUCGCCAACCAAUGUAUUUAACAAGAAACCUGAAAUAUUUAUAUUCAGAAGGAUCGGAUGAGCCUAGAAUAAGGCGUCCUCAGUGUUGUGUUAACUCAUUUUUAUUUGAAAAAGAGUUUAAAAUGAAAGAUUCGGCGGUUUGGACGAUAUAUAUGAGUCAUUUAAAAAUGCCUAUAAAUAUUGAGAAAAAGGGACAAGAAGUGGCAGAAAGGUUUUUUGCGGGGUUAUUUUUGUAUAGUUCUAGUGGAAAAUGUGUAUAUCAAAAAAAUAUACAAGGAAAAAGCUUUAUAGAUGCUAUGGAUAAUCUAUUGUUUUAUCAGGAAGAGCCUUUUAGGGUGCCGCAUACGGCAUUUAGAAUGUCUAGGGGAGGGAUCAAGAUAGAUCGUAUUUGUAAGGGACGAUUAGUUUUUACAGUAGAAAAUAAAAUGAUUGGGACAAUUUUGGAUGCAAUGGAUGUUGAAGAUGGUUUUAGAAAUAUUGAUGCAGAGAGUUUUCUUGGGAGAGGGUUUGAAGAGAUGAAUAAAGGUAUAUUUUUCUAUGUGACAUUCAAUAUUCCGUAUUUUAAGGCAUCAAGUGAAUUUGAAGUAUUAUAUUUUGAUAAAAAUGGAAAUGAGAGAAAAACAGAAUAUGUAUUGAGUUUAUGUUUUGCAGGAAAAGUUAUUCAAAAUACGAAAUUAGAUUUAAAUUCAAAAAUAACAUUAAGGCCGAAACUUACUGUUAAAAAUAAUACACAGGAUGUAGAAGAUAAAGUUGAAAUUCGAUAUAUCUUUAAAGCGGAAGAAAGUGAUGAAACGGUAGUAAGAACAUCAACACGUCAAGAUUUUAAAUGUCUAUGGUGUCGUGGAAAAAAUUUUCGUACAAGACAACGGUUACACUUUCAUUUUCUUAUGAAUCAUGAACUUUUUUCUUUCAAACUUGAAACCAAUAAUCCUGGUUUUUUACAAUUUGAAGUGAAAUUGGCUAAUGAAUAUCCUUCUAAACGAAUAGGCGAUCAGAAAAUGGAUUUUAGAGUUUUUCAAUGGAUCAGACAUAUGAGAUUUAAACAUAAUAUUAAUUCCAUUUUAUUAGAUAAUGGGGAAUCUAUUUUAUCUCGUAAUAUAAUGCUUGGAAUGAAAGUUGAACAAAAUGAAUUGGUACAAAUGAAUAUAAAGCCUAAACCAAAAAUACAAUUACUUUUUCCUUUGAAAAGGAAAAAUAAAAGAAGAUUUGCUGCGCCCAAAAUGAAUAAUUUGUAUAAAACUAUGUCAAAAAGAAAAAUUAUACCUGGUGAAAUAUUAUCUGAAUCGGAAGAUGAUAUUGAUGAAACAUGGUUAGUCCAGAAACACGAGGAUAUGCUGGACGAUUUUAUGGAUAUAACUAUGUCAGAAAAGGCUUUUAUGAAACUUUGGGAUAGAUUUAUAAUCAAAGACAGACCUAUUGGACAUUGUAACCUUCCUAAUUCAAUCAUGAGAUUUGUACAUUCUCAUAGAAAUAUCCUUCAUUCGGAAAAUUUGGUAAGCGAGUUUUGGAAGCAUCUUUUAAAUCUUGUUCAAUAUAAAAUUAUUGAUCUUGUAACUUUACGAAAAUCUAUGGAAGUAAUUAGAAACAUUCAUGAUAAUACAGAAACGGAUUGAGUUUGAAAAUAAUUUAUAAUAUUAUAUCAUAUUUUCGAUAUAUAA